GUUUGCUAAUGUUUGGCAUAGCAAACGGCAAACAUUCAAGCGUAAGGAAUAAGGAACAGCAUAUGAUUAAUGAGAAUCGGCACGCGGUCUGUUGGAACGAGAGAAAACAGAUUUGGGCAAUAUCAAGGGGUAACAUUUUAAGCCACACAGCGAUUUACAUGACAAAAACCAUAGUAUGAUUCUUAUGGACGUCGUCGAUCAACGCUAGAGGUUAGAGUUAAGAGAUACGAUGAGAGUCGAGGACAAUUUAGCAACCAGUAGGUAGAAGUAGAAACCAAAAGUUUCACAGCAUUAGACGGAGCGGGUAAAAGGUUGUCACUAUCGGCACUCAUGGUGGAAGCUGGGAGUGCGACGAAGGAUUUGUCUUAAGGAAGAUGCGCAGACUAGGCUAGGCAGGCGAAUUGAUAAGAAGAGAAAAAGGGGGAGAACCUAUAAACGACAGUAUUAUAAUGUCACGUAAUGGAUGGACUGCUGUUCAAGCAGGAAUUGAUUAGUUCAGACUUACGGAAAAGGAUCUACUAACCAUAAUUAUACCGUAACGAACGUUUGAAAUCGUGAUUCUGUAUUAUGUAGACGCUGUAGAAGAAAUUCGCAAAACUUAUGAUUUUACUUUGAUGAUUCUACUUUAACGACGCUUGAUCGCUGUAUCGGUUCUUGGCGAAUGGUUUGCGAAGCAUGUAAAUAGCUGCUGUGCCAUUGCUGUAUAAUUUGCGAGAAGGAUUGUCUAGCGUUUAGCGCAAAAGCGCGCGUGUUUGGAGGUAAUUCCUUUGGUUUGCUUAAUCAAAUCGUAAAUGUGAAUGUUCGAAUUCAGAUUAGUUAGACAAUGAAAACAUAAGAUCGAUUCGAAAGGACACAUGAGCAACGUCGAGUGUCGUCACAAGGUGAUAAUUCGUUACGGAAGACGCAUGCAAAUAUUAGAGAAUCACUCCUUCAAACUGCCAACAAUGUAAUGCACAUUCCGUAACACCUACAACUGAUCCCCUCAUUUAAUCAAUCGAGAAAGCACCCUUUUAACAAAUGUUGUACAUAUUUCAACCAGAAACGAAACUAAACCGCUGUUGUUUCGCCCCACUUUCCCCGAUCCUGCGACCUCUGGUGCAUCAGCGGUUCUCUUGAGCCGAAGGCGGGGCCGGGUUAGGGGUGUCCAGGCACUUUGGAUCGUAGAUAUCCUUUUUACCUGAGCGCACCGCAGCAGCCACAGACCAUGCAGGUUCGGUUCGGACUUCUGUGCUGAUUUAACCUGACUUUUCAGGUUACCCUCACGACCCAGGUACUCCCAGCCCUAGAAGAUGUGGUGCAAAAAUCAGAAUUUUCUGAUUAUUCACAAUUUCAUGAUGAUAAACUAAAAUAAAAUUCGACGAAAACUUCAA